CUGCUCGGGUUGUCUCUGGACAGAGAAAACAAGAGGAGCCGACACCUUGGGGUCCAAAAGUUGUGAUGGCCCAGGCUGAUAAACCAACAGCCAAUGAGACCAGCUUCUUGGGAUGUUCAACCAAGAUGACACACAUUGAGGACCAUGAGCCGUUUGAACCAGCACCUGAGGUCACUGCGAGCAGUCAGCAGCAGAGCCCGCCUGAGGACAAUGGCCAGCUUGAAGAUCCUCAUGUAACACUUGGCAAUCAGAAGGCACCCUGUGAUUUUGCACCUGCCAGAGCUGCUACAUCAAGUCAUGUGACUUAUGACAACCCUGGGUGUCUUCAAGGAUCGUUUGACCAGAGCAGCCACAUAUUCGGGGAAAAUGCAGGUAAGCAGUGUGCUACAAAUGGCAUAGCGGCGAUUAUGACCCACACCACCCAUAGCGUUCUCAAAUGGAAAAAAAAGAACAUUCAUCAUAUUCUAAAACAAGGUAAUGGCUUGUACACAUCUAUGCUAGAAAAUAACGAAAUCAGUGCAGCCAAAACCAGUGGGCAUAUUUUCAUUUCCGAGUUACCCAGACACUGCAAAUUAAACAAUAAAUUAUUUAGUUUGGAAUAUUUUGAUACACUCACUGGAAGUCUUGAUCAAAAGCAUGAUUAUGACGCUUCUUUGCAAAACAUAGCCAUGCCUUUAGAUGAGGCUAUUCAGAAGACACUGCUGCAGACAGACACAUGCUUGCUCAACAUCCAAGGAAGUGUCUGUGCCGUUUUCAAGGUCGAAACUGCUUUUGCAGUUUUCGAUCCUCAUUCUCGUAGUACUUGGGAAAUUCCCUUGCAGUAA